AUGCACACGCCGUGUUCCUCCCUGGCAAGCGUGGCGGACGACGCCGGCUCGCUGCUGCAGGAGGCUGUCCCACGCACGGCGGCCAGGCACCUCUACGGGCGCAGUUCCCUCACACCGACGCCGGUGGACUCGAAAGCAACGACGCGAAGCUACGGCAAGUCGCCGCAGUCGUUGCGCAACGGAGUUUACGAGGCAGAAGGGCUUUGCAAGACGGGGCCACAGUCCCUGCUGCCGACUUUUGCCAGGGCGGAUCGCGCUGACGUCGAUGUCUCAGCAAGGUUGGAGCUUGAGUUCUCCAGUGCCGCGCAGUCUACCGGGUGGAGCGGCAGCACGUGCCGUUCUCUGCCCGACAAGAUGCAUCGUGCGGAGGGGUUCGCGGCGGCGGACAAAAUGUUGCCCUGCAACAGUGGCCACUGCUGCCCCGCUGACGUCGCGGAGUUGACGCAGGUGUUCAAGGAGCCGCUGAAGACGCCGUGCACGCCGCGCACGCCGCCCCCGAUGACGGAGGAGAACCGCCAGGGCCCAGACGGCGCCGAGGACAUCCAAAACCCCACGUCAGCUCCCUCGCCGCACACGCCGCUGGAAAACAUCGUUCGCUUCCAUUCGCCGCACUGGUCGCCGAUUCUUGCAACGCCGCAAAAAUCAGCCCGACCACCCACCAGUCGAUUCUGGACACCGUUGACGCACCGGCGUGUCUUGUCCUCCUUGAGUUUCGGUGCGGAAUCGCGGGAGGCCUGCGGCUUGCUGCCGCACAUAACCCAGGCGGAUCAUCUGCCGCCCAAUAGGAACCCGUGUUCACCUUAUCGGGAAUACGCCGAUGAGAUGCAGCUCUUGCUUCAGCAGCAUCCGGCGAAGGACUGGGAUGGCGGGGUGGUUCCCACAACGAACGGGAUGCUGCGGCGUGUGGACGCAUGUGUCGUGGCGCUUGAGCAAACGGCUCCCGGCGCCAGUGCGGAGUGCACAGAAGGGCGCUGGUCUUCGUGCUGUCUUCCUGCAGGAGAGGCUGGCGAGGCUGUGAGUGCCUCUUCGAGUGUGGCCUCCAGGGAGGAGGAGGAGGAGGAGGAGGAGUCCUUGGACCUUUCUUGCAUUCUACUCGAACCGAAAGACGCGGAGCGCGGCAGUGCCUGGCCGGCAGCCGAGGCGGGCGCCAGCAUUGCGGCACACGCCCCGGAAGACAAUUAUGGACUUCCUGACGACGCAGCUGCCUUGCGGAGCGUGUGGCCUGAGGCGUGCCAGACCUCACCGGAGAAGACCCGUGAAGGGGUGUGGGACGCACCCACACACCACUCCGUGGAGAGCCAGCCCUCGUCUGGGCUUAUGCCCAAGACGCUUUUGGAGACCCGCAAUUUCGAUGAACUCUGCAACCGGGAAUGGGGGCGGUCCUCCUCCUUGCCACUCGCCACGGGAUUAGCGGACAGCACGGCACGGUGUGCCCCAGCUGCUGGUGUGCACGCAGCAUGGAUGACGGCAAAAGAAGAUGGGACCCCUGUGCUGCAUCCAACUUUCUUUUCCUCCUCGUCGGUUCGCGUAGACUCGCAAAACUUCUGCUCCACGGACAGGUCGGGGCAAAUGCUGCACCAUCUGCGCUCCUGCAACGAGUCUCCCAUGAAGCUCUCGAGCAUCGGCGACUGCACCCUUCUCGAGCCCGCGAUGAGUGAGGAGGAUGAAGAGGAUGAAGCAGAACCGGGAGAUCGUUUCCGCAGUCAUCACCGUUAUCAAUUUCUGCAUUGGCUGGCAUGGCGAAAGGCGUAUGACUUUCUUCCCAUCCAUGUGGAGCGCAACGGAGUUUCGUGGCUCGUGACGCAUCGCGUUGAUGGCCUUCCGUACGUCGUCAAGGAAAUCCCAUGCAGCCACAAGGGCGCCCUGCAGUGGGAGCUGGAGUGCCUCACCCUUGGCAACGCCCCAGUGAACGCGCUGCAGCAGCAGGCAGCCGAUCAUAUUGCGCGGUAUUUUACAGUGGCGCCGUACCGCGUUGUAGCCUGCGACUCACAGGAUUGUAUGGCAUUCCUGCUGCAGACAGAGUACUUUCCCAUGGGAAAUGUGAUGGAGUGGGCGCUUGAUCCACACCGGAUUCGAGGCAAAGACUUCCAUGUCCCUCCAGAAGACUUUUGGUCGUGCGUUCUCCAGCACGGCCUUCUGGCAAUGGAAAGCCUUCACGCGGCUCACAUUAUUCACGGAAACCCGCUGCCCUUCAACGUGUUUAUCCACAGUCCAAGGCAUUACAAACUCGGUAGCUUCGGGGCUGCCGUGAAGUUUCCGAGCACGUACCCUGUGGGAUCUGCAAAUGUGUUUUUGCCAGCACACACGGAGGAGGGAGCCGAGCGGACACCCUACGAGGUGGAUGUCUUUCUCUUUGUGCGCGGUGUGCUGCAGCUGCUGCAUCACUGCAUAAACCAGCGAAAGGCGGCCACGCAAACGCACCAGCCGCGCGACGAUGACGGCGAGGAGACGCUCAGCAAGUUGUUCCUUACAGACGCUACAGUCCUCUCCCUCGCCGACUUCCAAGCUGAUCGGGUGCAGGGGUACCAUGCCAUUUCCGACCACCUCUGGAGUGUCUUGCAGGCCGCUCUCCACGGGGAUCCGAUAUCCACGCUGCUGCGCAUGUUGGACGCCCCCUCACGGCCCCAGUGGGCACUCCGAUCGCUGUUUUCCUUGGAGGAAUCCUAUCUGCUGCGGCGUAGGCGUCGGCUGGAGCAGUUACUCGAAAAACGCUUCAGGGAGAGGCCACAAACUGCGCAGCAAUGCGAGUCGCCGCGGCUGCAGCCUGCGAGCAGCCCCGAGGAUCUGGCGACGGAACCGGAGUGGUGUGCUCAGGGGCACGCCGCGCCGCGUAGCCCAGAGGUUCAGGGCGGAUGUCACACGUUCGCGUUCCCGCUGCCGCUGGCUCCGAGGGCCUCUGCCGCGCAGGGUCUUUGCGUGUCUGUGUCUCCCACGCGAGGGAAAACGCAGUCAACACCCCACAGGGUCGAGUGGCAUUCUCGCUGCUGCCAGAGGCUAGCCAGUCAACCAAGCCGGCAGCACGGGGAGGCCCAGUUAAGUUCUCUUGAGACGUCUGCGGAGUCGUUUCUGCUCCUGCGCUCGUGUGCGUCGCGGGGGAUGGGGCUCUUUCAGGAGAACAGCUUCCUUUUCCGCAAUCCGCUGGUGGCAGACGUCGAAACCGCCUCGACCACGAAGUCCGCACACAGUGGACACCCACCGGACGUAAGUGGCCGUAUGGAAGACAAGACCCCCUCUCCCUGUCCAAGCCGCUUGGAUGCAAACCUCUCCUGGACGGUUCGUCAGAUCAUGGCUGUUAUGAAUUGGGAGGACGCGUUGAAAGGGGUGGCUGCACGCGGUACCGGGAGCACCCCCGUCCGCGACUCCUCUCCAUCCACACGCGGUGUUGUGAGACCCCUCACGUCGUGGGAACGACGAGGGCCCGGUUCAUGUGAAGUGUCCAUGCGGGCGCAACACGAAGUGUGA